AUGAAAAACAAGGAGCGGAAAGCGAUAGUCAUCGGUGCCGUGAUUGAAAUCAGGAGUCAUAGCGAGCUGUACCAGAGUAAUCUUCAGCGGCCGGAUUACCUUCGGUUACAUGGCGUCGUUGUUGAAGACAACAACGUUAAGCGAAUUCAUUGCCAGCCACUGUGGCGUAAAAACAUUACGCGGUACGCCGUCGAAAACAUCUGUGCUGCUGUUGGAGCAGCAAUGAAAAGCUUCCACCUUAUCACUGCUUCUUCAACUCAAAUGGACACUGUUAGGUGGUGGAGCGGGCUGAUUCUUCCGGUAGCAAUUCGCAUGCUUGACCCGUUGGGAGGCAAGCAACAGAGUUCGCCCUGGUUCGAUAGUCUCUCCACAUCGUCGACCGCAAUGAACAGUAACUCGUCGGGUUCAUCCGGAUCACCACUGAGUCUCUCGUCUCAUCUCAGAGACAGCUCAGACGCACUCUCACGUCCCACUUGGCUCUUCAAUAGUCAGGGGAGACCUGCGCGCUUAUUCGUUCAAGCCGGAAAAGAACGAACUCGUUCCCCCGUCGAAAAAACGCACUUGUACAGUUGCAGUGGCCACCGAUCCUGUCCAGGUCAGGGAUGAGGACAAAGAAUAUGAACUCGAAACACUUUGAAGCAAUUCUAUCACACAUAAGCAUUACUAUUACUUUUGUUUGUUCCAACAUGUUCUCAUUAUCACCGCACUAAUUAGAAGAAUUUCCAUUUUUAUAUCCCAUUCCACUUAUGAUGCUUUUGCUUAUUUGUUUACAUUCCUAUAACUUGAAGAUCCGAGGCCGUAUUCAUUAUUCAUACCUUAAGGUAAAUCCUACUUCCAGG